UAUGCAUGCAAAUCAUUGACAAAUUCAUGAAAAAAAGAACAGACGAUCUUGCAUAGCAGUUCCUAUUUUGGCAUAUGCAUAAAGAAAUUCUUUCCAGUAACUCCUCCUUUGUUUGCUGUCCGCAAGGGAUAAGGCUCUGAAAAUUAGCCCUCUGGAAGCGAGAUGACAUGGAGUCUUCGACAAUCAUGCGCACGCAAACUGUUUGACGUCAUAAUGAGAGUAAGUUAUUUCUCCAGAAAGAGAAGAUGUUUGGCGUGAGGGGAAAAGUGAAAGUGUGCAAUUUUGUACACAACGACGAAAUAUGGAAAGAUCAUGUAAAUAGAGAACUCCUCUCUCAGAGGCGAUGGCCGGAUAAGUGGGGAUUUCUGGCUAAUGAAUACCAUCGGUUACAGCUCGAGACACUGAGAAUCGGCCAAGAUGAGUUUGAGGUGGAUGAAGAACGUAAACAAGAAAGCCUGGUGACUAGUACAGAGAGCGAAGAGAAAGAUGGUACAGAACAGGCUCAGGUGUUGCUUGGCAACGCCAACAAGAUGCCAUUUCCAGAGACCACGUCACAAAUAAUUGGACGGAAGGCCGAGAUGUCGCAAAGAAAUGAGAUCGAACGCAAUGCUCGUGGAAAGCAAGACAUAGUUAAGUUAUUUAAAUGGCCACGUGAGGGUUUGUAAAGGAAUAAGACAUCCGAAGUACAAAAUAAACUGUGUUAUGAACUGAA